CUUUCCAACAUAGACUUGUUAUUUUUUGGCGUCGGCCCAUCACAUGCCCUUUUUCUUUUCCAACUAUUUUCAUCCCAUUUUUUUUAUUCCCCUCUAAGGGCCUGUUUACUUCAUCUUAAUUUCAAUUCAGUUUAGUUUAGUUCAGUUUCAAUCAGUUCAAUUCCACCCCCAAUUUCCUUCACUCAUUAAAUAUUUAUUUUAGAUCUAUUCAGUUCAGUUUAGUUCCAAUCAAUUCAGUUCAAUAAAUGCGAAUAGACCCUAAUUCUCGUUUUAUAAAGUCAGUCAUAAAAUUUGAUGUUAAAGCCCGACCCAACCCGUAUUUUUUAAUCACUUUGUCCCAAGACUCCCAACUUCUAAUUCUUAUGGUCCAUACUCGUAAGAUUUGUAAUAUUGGUAGUAGGCCCUCCAAAUCUGUUAAAUACGGAGUACCUUCCAAAACAAAAUUAAAAAAAAAAAACAAUUUUUAUUUUUUAUUUUUUACUUUUUAGAAAAAAAAAAAAAAAAAAAACUAUCUAUAUAAAUAGACUAAUAGACUCCCGCUGUUUUAACACCCCGCGUCCUCUCAUCUUCAACACUCAAACUAAAAUCUCUGUAUUUCUCAAUUCUCAUGGAUUCUAUCAAACAUUGUUCAGUCAUCAUUAUCGGUGCUGGAAUCUCCGGUAUAUCGGCGGCAAAGCAACUCGCCGAUAAUGGCGUAGAAGAUGUCGUAAUUCUCGAAGCUUCGAAUAGAAUCGGCGGUCGAAUUCGUAAGGAGCAAUUCGCCGGAGUCCCGGUCGAACUCGGCGCCGGUUGGAUUGCCGGCGUAGGUGGUAAACAGUCCAACCCGGUUUGGGAGCUUGCUAAUCGGGCCGGGUUACGUACUUGCUUCUCUGAUUAUAGUAACGCCCAUUUUAAUAUUUAUGACCGAGGUGGGAAGAUAUUUCCGAGUGGAAUUGCAGCUGAUUCGUAUAAAAAAGCGGUUGACUCGGCAAUUCAGCGACUCAAGGAUGAAGUUGAUAACACCAAUGAGCCUCCCAAUUUGCCGAAAACUCCAAUUGAAUUGGCAAUUGAUUUUAUCCUUCAUGAUUUUGAAAUGGCCGAAGUGGAACCAAUAUCAACAUUUAUUGAUUUUGGAGAAAGGGAAUAUCUAGUUGCUGAUGAAAGAGGGUACGAGCAUUUGUUAUACAAAUUGGCUGAAACGUUUCUGUUGACUUUUGAUGGGGAGAUAUUGGAUAAUCGGCUCAAACUCAACACGGUUGUUCGAGAAAUUCAAAACUCGAGGAGCGGCGUUACGGUAAAAACGGAGGAUGGUUCCAUCUACGAGGCUAGUUAUGUGGUUUUGUCUGUUAGCAUUGGCGUACUCCAAAGUGAUCUUAUUUCUUUUCGGCCUCCUUUACCCAGGUGGAAGACAGAAGCCAUAGAAAAAUGUGAUGUGAUGGUAUAUACAAAAAUCUUCCUCAAGUUUCCAUCUAAGUUUUGGCCUUCUGGGGUGGAGAAAGAGUUCUUUAUCUAUGCACAUGAGAGGAGAGGCUACUACACAUUCUGGCAGCACAUGGAUAAUGCCUAUCCAGGAUCUAAUAUACUCGUUGUAACAUUAACAAAUGACGAGUCUAAACGUGUUGAGGCUCAAUCCGACCAAGAGACUCUCAGAGAAGCCAUGGAAGUUCUGAAAGAUAUGUUUGGCCCUGAUAUACCAGAUGCUACAGACGUACUUGUCCCUCGCUGGUGGAAUAAUCGUUUUCAGAGGGGCAGCUAUAGCAACUACCCCAUUAUUUCCAACAAUAAGGUUGCACGAGACCUUAAGGAUCCUGUAGGGCGCAUCUUUUUCUCAGGAGAGCAUACCAGUGAGAGGUUUAAUGGCUAUGUUCAUGGAGGAUAUCUCGCAGGUAUUGACAGUGCAAACGCUUUGUUGGAAGAAAUGACGACAGAAAAGGGAAGAAAAACCGACAUUAGCCAACCUUUUCUAUUGGAACCCUUGCUAGCACUAACAGGAUCACUGACAUUACCUCAAACUGAGAAAGUAUCAAACCUUCAUAAGUACGAGCUGCCUAGGCAAAUCUUCCUUGGCAGUAACCUAGGAAUGCCAGAAGCCAUCUUAUGACUAAAUGGAUCAGUCACUGGUGAACAAUUAGUUAGAUUUCAGGGGUGCACUUGCCAAGACAACAAGCAGAGCAGGCUCAAGUGCAUGACCAGCACGGGGCAUUGGCUGGGGAGCAGCCAAGUCCACACUGUGGUUUUUCCCCAUUAAGCUAAAACUAAAUAAUAGUGACACAGGUGGGGAGCUGCGUGCAUUGGCUGGCGCGGUUGAUGUAUAAUUACGGAAAGUCUAAUUUGAUAAGUUGAACAGUAUAUGAUUCGGAUUUGCUGAUACCUAGAUAGGAAUAAAGAUAUUGAUUGAAGUGAUGAAGUGGAUUUCAGGUAGAGUUUAGUAAUUUUGGUACGUAUAUGAUUAUCUGAUGGUAACUUUCUUGUUGUUUGAACUCAAAGAUUCAUAUUGUAAAGACAAAUUACAUUGGCAUUUUAAUUUAAUUUAAAUCUGUUUACAAAUCCAAA